CGGGUCACGGGGCUCCGGCGGCGCCGUUGGGCACCUGCGGCUCCGCUGCCGCCGCGGAGGGGAGGGAAGGACCGGACCGGGGCGGGACCGGACGGGACCGGACAAGAACCCUCCCCUCAGAGCCGCCGUCCGGUCCCGGGAGGAAGGUCCAGCGGCCGGGCCCUCCCCUCCCCCCCCCCGCCCAGGAUUCACGUGGUUGAUUCUACAGAACAAUAUGAAGAGGCGAAAAUAACGUUUUAAGGGGCUUGGCUGUGAAAAGGAUGGCCUUCUUGGACAACCCAACUAUCAUUCUGGCUCAUAUUCGGCAGUCCCAUGUGACCAGUGAUGACACAGGGAUGUGUGAAAUGGUUUUAAUUGAUCAUGAUGUUGAUCUAGAGAAGUUCCAUCCCUCUUCAGUGACUGGAGACAGUGGCUCAGAAAUUCAGGGAAGUGGUGGUGGUGAGAAUCAGGGCUUUGUAUAUGCCCAAUCUGUCGACAUUACCUCAAGCUGGGACUUUGGCAUCAGAAGGCGAUCAAACACAGCUCAGAGAUUAGAACGACUUCGAAAAGAGAGGCAAAACCAGAUAAAGUGCAAAAAUGUUCAAUGGAAAGAGAGAAAUGCUUCUCACUCAGCGGAGGAGCUAAGCUCACUGUUUGAAAAAAAGAACUUCAAAGUUAAGUCUUCAAAUUCUGGGAAGCAGUCAAUAUUAUCAGUACGACUUGAACAGUGCCCUCUCCAGCUGAAUAACCCUUUUAAUGAGUACUCAAAAUUUGAUGGCAAGGGUCAUGUAGGUACAACUGCAACCAAAAAAAUUGAUGUCUACCUCCCACUGCACACAAGCCAAGACAAACUGUUACCAAUGACAGUGGUGACAAUAGCUAACGCCAAGGUGCACGACCUGAUUGGACUCAUAUGCUGGCAGUACACUAGUGAAGGACGGGAGCCGAAGCUCAAUGACAAUGUCAGUGCAUACUGUCUUCAUAUUGCUGAGGAUGAUGGCGAGGUUGACACUGACUUUCCACCGCUGGAUUCCAAUGAGCCCAUUCAUAAAUUUGGCUUUAAUACUUUGGCUUUAGUUGAAAAGUACUCUUCUCCUGGUCUGGCAGCCAAGCAGUCGCUCUUUGUCCGAAUAAAUGCCGCUCAUGGAUUCUCACUUAUUCAGGUGGACAGUAUGAAGGUCACCAUGAAAGAUAUCUUACAGAAGGCAUUAAAGCGGAGGAAGGGAUCUCAGAGGGGCUCAGGUCCUCAGUAUCGCCUGGAGAAGCAGAGUGAACCCAAUGUCCCAGUAGAUUUAGACUGUACCUUGGAGAGCCAGAACACUUUGGAAUUCUGCCUUGUCCGAGAGAACAGUUCAAGGGGAGAAGGAGUUUCUGAGGAGGAUCCUCAAAUUGACAUAGCCACUGUACAAGAUAUGCUUAGCAGCCAUCAUUACAAAUCUUUCAAAGUCAGUAUGAUCCAUAGACUUCGUUUCACAACUGAUGUACAGUUAGGUAUCUCUGGAGAUAAGGUUGAGAUAGACCCUGUUACUAAUCAGAAGGCCAGCACUAAGUUUUGGAUUAAGCAGAAACCCAUUUCAAUCGAUUCUGACCUCCUCUGUGCCUGUGACCUUGCCGAAGAAAAAAGCCCAAGUCAUGCAAUAUUUAAGCUUACAUAUCUUAGCAAUCAUGACUCCAAGCACCUCUACUUCGAAUCCGACGCUGCUACCGUCAAUGAAAUCGUGCUGAAGGUGAACUAUAUUCUGGAAUCACGAGCAAGUACUGCCCGGGCUGACUACAUAGCUCAGAAACAAAGAAAACUAAGCAGGAGAACCAGCUUUAGCUUCCAGAAGGAGAAGAAAUCAGGACAGCAGUGACGCCUAGCCCGGAGCAAAACAAACUGCUUGUACCAUUUGCAGGGCAGGAGGGGAGGGAAUUGGGGGGGAAAUUGGCUCCCCGUGGCCCAGGACCAGUGGGGGCCUGAACAACCAACUGUACUCUAGCUGCCACCAGCCAAGAGCAGCAAGGAAAGAAAAUCCACUUUUGCCAUUUCUUCUGGUUCCUGGAUUCCUACCAUCGUUCAGGUGGUUGGGACAUACAAAACCCAAUGGGCCUGCCUUUUUGACCAAAAUUAAGAGCCAUAUCUGCUGGAGUUUGACUGCUGCUGAUGCAGAAGAUUAUUUGGAUUAGGAGUGUGAAGCAGCCAUUUCCUGGCUUAACUACAUUAUGCAGUACAUACAAUCGAAAAGAAAAGAAAAGGGGAUACCAGCUUUUUUCACAGCUUGAUUACAUCUAUAUACCCGAAAGAUAUUUCUGACGUGAUCAAAUUCCUAAAGCAGAAGCAGAACAAAAAUUUGUUCAUCGUUCCUUUUAAUAAACAGGAUCAUCUUUUUCAGGCUUGUAUGGUGCGCCAUUCUUUGGGUGGGGGUGCAAAAUAUUUCUGGAAUCCGAAUCAGGUAAAAAAAAAAAAUGUGGAGGAAGCGGAGUGGUGUGGAAGAAAAUGUCUGAAUAUUUAUAAGUAGACCACUUUAAGCAUAGUUCAGUUGGCUUUCUUAUUUGACAACUUUCUAGAGAUUAGUAAACUUGAAUAAACACUGAAAUACUGACUAUUAAAAACUUAUUCCUAGCAUUAGUGUAUAUAUAGCUGCCUAUGUCUUCAGAGGUGCAAGGUAAAUGAAUAGAUGACUCACCUGUAGGAGGGAGAAGAGAGGCUUUCUGGGCUGAGUGAUGCACCUGGUCUUCCUUCUUUAGAUAUGGGCUAAAACGGCUUCCUGGAAAUGAAGAGUUUAGGAUCAUUUUUCUAAUCUUAAAGACUGAAACAUUUUUAAUUCUAGAGUGAUGAAUUAAAAGCACUUAUGUUGGGGUGUGAGUAAUCGAUCAAUGGUAUUUAUUGAGCGCUUACAGGGUGGAGAGCACUGUAUUAAGCGCUCGGGAGAGUACAGUUCCUGGUUCGUUCUGCCUUAACUCAUCGGUUUAGGACAGCGAUCACAGAACGAUACCAAAUUAUGACUGCCUUUUUUCUUGUUGUCUGUCGUCUUUCUUAUCUCAGAGCAGGCUCUAAACCUGUUAAUCGCAGAGCCGCAUGUACCAACGGUGAGAAUGUGGGCAAGAUUUUCAGUGUAAGAAUGAAGGAUUUCUUCAGGGCACAAAACUUGAUCCACAGGUCACUGAACAACAGCUUCUGCAGUCUCUUGCUCUGGCUUAUCCAGGCACAAAUACUGUCCUAAAGACUGUUAUUCCUGGAAUGGCAGAUAUUUGAAUGAUCGGUAUAUGUCAUUCUUGGCUAAUGCUAAGAACCUCGUUUGCUUUUUCCACUAAGAAUCAUUUCAAAGGUUUUUUUUAAAAAAAAAAAAUUGCUCUGGUUGAGGAGACUCUAGUGAAAUGCCUCUUCAGUAUAGAAUGUAUUUUUUUGUGAAGUGUCAUUCCAAUUAAUUCCUCUUUCGUUCAGCUGUCUGUUCUUAUAACAGAGGACUCCUUUUCUUACAAUACUGUCAGUCUUCCACAAACUCACUGAGCAAAACAGGUUCAGAGCCUGAAAUUUCAAUUUUUAUUAUUUUUUAUUUACAUAUCCUUUUUGCAAUGUAACUAACUUAGUCUUACUCUUGUGACUCAUUCAGCAUUAAAAAUUGUAUGAACCUCCUCUUUGCCCACCAGUUUUAAUUACAAUAAAAAUCAGAAAUUCAA